AUGUCGUCGAGACGAAGGUCAUCCGGCAAGUUUACGGCUCCGGUUGUCAAGCCCGCUCCCAAGGCGGCCAAGACGACAAUCGACGAAAGCAGAGCCGCCGUCUCCGCGACCGACUCUUUACAAGCCGCGCUGAAGGGCAGCAACGAGGCGAUUGAGAUCUCCUCCGACGAGGACAGCGACGAGGAUGUUUCCGACGAGGAGAUGGGCGCCCCCGAGGCCGACGCCGGCGACGCAAAGGAACCCGUGAACGGCAAGGAGGAUGCUACCGCCGCCGCCACCGAAGAACAACCCACACAACCCAAGGCUGACGCCGAGGGCGCCGAGGAUGAGGAGGAAGCAGGAUCGCCCACCUUUGGCGAGCUGCUACGGGGCACCAUCGACGUCCCCGCCAUUCUGUCGCAACAAGGAGACUCCACCAAGGCCGUCGUCUCGCAGUCAUCAAGAAAGAACCUUGCCCCGCCCUCGCUAUCCUCCCUGAGCACCGUCCUCACCCAGGCGCUCAAGACCGAAGACACCGACCUCCUCGAAUCCUGCCUGCAAAUCACCAACCUCGAGACCAUCCAGCAGACGAUCGAGCGCCUCGACAGCAGCCUUGCCGGCGUUCUCCUCACCAAGCUCGCCGCCCGAUUCCACAGGCGGCCCGGCCGCGCAGGCAGCCUCAUGACCUGGGUCAAGUGGACCCUCGUCGCCCACGGCGGCGCCCUGGCGGUCCAGCCCAAGGUCCUCGAGCGGUUAGUCUCCCUGCAGAAGGUCCUCAGCGAGCGCUCGCGCGGCCUGCCGAGCCUGCUCGCCCUCAAGGGCAAGCUGGACAUGCUGGAGGCGCAGAUGCAGCUCAGGAAGGGAAGGCAACGCAGGGGCGGCGCCAGCCAGAUCGACGACGCCGACGAGGACGACGACGAGGAGGGCGCAAUCUACGUUGAGGGCGAAGAGGACACCGACGCCGACAUGGCCGACGGGCUCGGCUCAAGAAAGGCCCUUCUGGCCGCCGACGACGAUGACGACGAAGCGGUCCCCGCCACGAACGGCUUCAUCGGCGACUCGGACGAUGACGACGAUGAUGACGAGGACGUUGCUGCGGCGGCGGACGACAGCUCAGACGAGGAUGUUGUGGACGAGGAUGAGGUGGACCACGAUGAUGUCGAGGAUUCGGACGACGACGAUGACAGCGACGCGGAAGCCGCGCCGCCGGCCAAGGUUCAGAAAACCGCCUCCUCGUUCGCCAAGAGGAAAUAA